UCCUUCCCCCCUUUCUCUGGAGGAGGACAAAGUCUCCUUUCGCCCCAAUAGUUCCCCUCCCUUGCUUCCCCAUGGCCUUAAACCUAAUACCCCACCGCCCUCUGCUCUCAUUGCGAAGCUUCGUAGCCUCAGGAAGGAGAAUGGCGGCCGCUGAGGCGAGGAGCAGCAGCAGCAAGAAGAAGAAGCGGGUGGACUUCUUCUACGACGUCCUCUCGCCCUAUUCCUGGCUGGGCUUCGAGGCUAUCUGCCGAUACCGUGACAUCUGGAAUAUUGAGCUGCAUUUACGGCCUGUUUUGCUUGCAGGGAUAAUGAAGGAGACUGGUAACAGGCCCCCAGCAAUGCUGCCCAAGAGAGGAGAAUACAUGACAAAGGAUCUUAUGCGGAUGGCAAAGUUCUUUCAAGUGCCAUUGCAAUUUCCAAAGGAUUUCAUGGGGUCUGUUAUUGUGAAGGGUAGUCUAUCUGCCAUGCGUUUUAUCACAGCUGUGGAUUUAACACAACCUCAGUUUGUGGAAUCUGUGUCUAGAGAACUUUGGAUGCGUGUUUGGUCUCGAGAUGAAGACAUUACCCAGCCAGCAAACAUUUUGGCAGCUGCAGGGAAAGCAGGAUUGCCCUCAGGCCAAGCUCAGAAGCUUCUGGAAAUGAGCAGCACACCUGAAGUGAAGAAUCGUCUGAAAGCAACAACAGAUGAAGUCCUGGGAUAUGGGGCAUUUGGGAUGCCAUGUUCUGUUACCUAUGUUGAUGACCAGCCUCAGCUUCUCUUUGGUUCAGAUCGUUUAGAAUUACUGGCAAGUCUCUUGGGAGAGAAAUGGCUUGGGCCAGUUCCUGGAUCUUCUAAACUCUAAGCUAUAAGAGUUCUGAGGAGAAACAACAGGACAUCGAAGCAACGUAUAGCUUUAGGGAAUUUCUGUGUUGCCAGGUUCCACAAAGUCAACUCAGGAGGACUGUUGGAGAAGCAUCUUUUAAGUCUGGAACAGGGAAUCAUGAGACAACACCGAGCUAGGUAUCACAGCAAUUGCCUCUACGUGCAGUUAGGGUUUAUGCACAGUGGUGUGCAUCCCUUGACUUGUAGCACCUUGCAAUAUAGUGUGGAUCAGUGUGAAUCAGAAAUGUGCCUUAACAGAGACAUUAAUUAAUGCACGUCACUUCUUUUGUCAUCUGUUUCUUUCUUUUGGUUGUAUAUAUAAUUCUGUUAUCCAUUCCUUCCUUUGUCCUGUAAAUGCAGCUGAAUGAAUAAGAGUCACUGUCGCAACUGUAACCAUGACUAUAUAAAUUUGGUUGUAAUAAUUGUUAAA